UGUUAUUAUGAAAACCUGGCAUUGUUCUCCGCGAGCAGAACCGCGGCUAUAAAUUCGUCCCGUGACUUUGCACCGUCGCACCAGUCAACUGUCAGUCAGGGCAUUAAGAACGGCAGCAAGUAUGAUGUUGCGAAGCAUCGUCAGGAGCGGACUUCGCGCCCAGCAGAAAUGGGCCGUGGCCGCGUCCAUGUCUUCGGCUCAGUCCCUUGCGCCCAUUGUCAACCCUCAAAUCAAACAAACCGGCAUUUUCAUCAACAAUGAAUGGCACAAGUCGGUCUCGGGCAAAACGUUCGCCACUAUCAACCCUGCCACCGGGGAAGAGAUUUGCCAAAUUCAGGAGGGUGACAAGGCUGACGUUGACUUGGCUGUCAAAGCUGCUAACGAAGCCUUCAGGUUCGGUAGCCCGUGGAGGCGCAUGGACGCGUCUGACCGUGGCGUCUUGCUCAACAGACUGGCUGACCUCAUUGAGAGGGAUGCUGUUUAUAUUGCCAGCCUGGAGACAAUUGACAACGGAAAGCCCUACUCGAGCGCUCUGGCCGUGGAUGUGGCUGCCACCGUCAAGUGUCUGCGCUACUACGCUGGCUGGGCCGAUAAAAACCACGGCAAGGUUGUGCCUCUCGACGGCGACUACAUUUCCUUCACAAGACACGAACCUGUUGGUGUAUGUGCCCAAAUCAUCCCCUGGAACUUUCCUCUGCUCAUGCUGGGCUGGAAAAUCGGGCCUGCCCUGGCCACAGGAAAUUGUGUGAUUGUGAAGCCUGCUGAGCAAACACCACUGACUUGCCUCUACGUAGCUGAACUUGCCAAAGAGGCUGGAUUCCCUCCAGGAGUCGUCAAUGUCAUUCCUGGCUACGGUCCAACCGCAGGAGCCGCCCUGACAUACCAUAUGGAUGUUGAUAAGGUGGCAUUCACUGGAUCCACAGAGAUUGGCAAGUUGAUCAAAAAGGGCGCAGGAGAGUCCAACUUGAAGAGAGUGACUCUUGAACUUGGAGGCAAAUCUCCCAACAUAAUUCUCAAUGAUGUGAAUGUGGAUCAAGCUGUUGAAAAUGCACACUUUGGUCUUUUCUUCAACAUGGGCCAGUGUUGCACAGCAGGCUCGCGCACCUUCAUCGAGGAGGGAAUUUACGAAGAGUUUGUGGAGAAAAGCGCUGCCAGGGCAAAGAAGCGCAUUGUUGGCAACCCUUUCGACCCCAAGACAGAGCAGGGUCCUCAGGUGGACGAGGAGCAGCUGACCAAAAUUCUUGGGCUCAUCGAAGCAGGAAAGAAGGAGGGCGCCAGACUGGUGGCUGGAGGCGCCCGAGAAGGAGACAAGGGUUACUUUGUGCAGCCGACUGUUUUUGCUGAUGUCCAGGACAAUAUGCGCAUUGCAAAAGAAGAGAUUUUCGGACCUGUGCAGCAGCUGAUCAAAUUCAAAGACCCGAAGGAGCUGCUCGAAAGGGCCAACAAUACCGAAUAUGGACUGGCCGCAGCCGUUUUCACGAAGGACAUUGACAAAGCCAUGUACCUUAUGCAAGGCAUCAGGGCAGGCACUGUCUGGAUCAACUGUUAUAACAUCUUCGGAGCUCAGGCAGCCUUUGGUGGCUUCAAGAUGUCUGGAAACGGCCGCGAACUCGGAGAGUAUGGACUUCAGGCGUACACCGAAGUCAAAACUGUCACCAUGAAGGUGACGGAGAAGAACAGCUAAGCAAGGAACAGGUGGCGUUAUACACAAUAAAUUUUUGAAAAAAAAACUGCCUCAAAAACAGACUAUAAGCAGAUUAUAACAAUAAUGCUGACCUCACAUUUGAACGGAUGAUAAUCUUCCAAAGCACAAUUGCAAAAUUAUCACAAGUAUACACUGCAAUUAUUAUCUUUUACUUUUUGCUGCUUAGCUAUGCAAUUACUUUUGUAUAUCAUCUAUGAAUUGAAUACACCAUGAUUUUCUCAAAA